GUGGCUGGAGAAGCCUUCUGACGUCACCGAGGCUACCACAGUCACCAGACUCUACCACAUCCUCAUCAACCACAUCAUCAACAGGAUGACCAGACGCCUCCAACUGUCAAACUUAAGUCUCAGUGAAAGCCAACUUCGAGAUGUUGGCGGCAAUGUGGUGUUGGGUGGCGAGGCUGCUGCUGGUGCUGUUGCCGAUGGCUCCACCUCUGCUGCGUCCUGAUGACCAUCUCCUACUGCGUUACUACGCCGCCGUCAUGAGAGUGGUGCGUCCAGUUCUUGUGCACGUCUUACAACUCUUAACUAAAAAGAAGAAUCUCAAGCAGCUUCUCUUUGAUCUUCCAGGAUACUCUAUGACAAAAUACAAAAAUGACUUCAAUCGCGAACAAAGGCAGCAGCUGGACGACAAUGUCUCAAGUGAGAACUAUGACAUAACGCUACUGUUCACUUUGCUCCAGAAGGUAGGUGGUUUGGCAGAAAAAAACAAUGACAAAUGGUCGACGCCGGGGACAUUGGAGAACAGAUUAAAACAGCUUAAAAAACAUCGAAAUAUCUUAGCUCAUGAAGAACUAUCAUUAACUCCUGAGAAACUGCAGAACAUUCUAUCCAACAUUGAAGAGCUUUGCCGUGAGGUGCUUGUGUUAGCUGGCCUGAGAUGCCGAAGCCUUGUGAGUGAGAAUGUUAAGGUUAUGGAGGAGGGUCUGAGUGAGGUACUAACAGGAGGUGUUGACCUGUGGGAACCAUACAAGGAGGCACUCCACAACCUGCAACAAGAGCAGUGCAACAUCUUAGUAAGGGAAGGGAAGAAAGAGAUCAAGGAACUAGCUAAGAACCUUCGCAUUCUUAACCCGUUUGUGUGGUUGAUGGAAGAUAACUUUGCUCACUUGGAUGUGAGCCAAAUAUUUACAGAUUUAUAUAUUGAAGGUCAAGGACAGGUAGACACCAAAGAUUUUUUUACCACUUCUCUUCCUACUGGACAGUAUCCGGAUGUUCUGAUAACUCACGGAUCACCUGGGAUUGGGAAGACGAGUUUGAUAAGAUAUUUUAUCCAUGAUUGGCUCUCAGUCUCUCCUUCCAUUAAUGGGAUUGAUGAGUUUGACAUAGUGUUGCCAGUAGAGUUAAGACAUGUAACAAGUGAAGACACCCAAGCGUUGCUCCGUGACGAAGUCCUUCGUAACGCUUGUCGUCACCUGAAGUCCAGUGACAUCAUCCCGACACUGAGUGAGGUGUCUACUCUCUGGUUGCUAGAUGGUUAUGACGAGGCUACUGAGAAAACAAAACGGCUAGUUAAGGAAAUACUAAACAAAUUCCCUAAUUCAAAAUUCAUGAUUACAACUCGUAUUGAUUGCGUUCAUGAACUUCAGAUGUUAGUUAGUGAUCUUCAUCGUAGUCAAGGAGUGUACCAAUUAAGAGGCUUGACCCCAGACAAGUGGAUUUCUUAUGCCAAAAAAUUGUUUUCCGUGACAGUUCAAAAUGAUAUUGAUAAUCGCAGGGACUCUUGCAGGAGGUUUUUACAGUUCAUGAAAGAGAAAGAGAAAGAUAUGUGGGAGAUCUUUAGUGUACCAUUGUUUGUGGUUGUUCUUGUGGUGCUGUGGCUGGAGAAGCCUUCUGACGUCACCGAGGCUACCACAGUCACCAGACUCUACAACAUCCUCAUUAACCACAUAAUCAACAGGAUGACCAGACGCCUCCAAAUGUCAAUCUUAAGUCUCAGGGAAAGCCAACUUCGAGGCAAGAUAAAAUGUUUUCUUAAUUUACUUGGUACUAUAUUCUGGGAAAACUCUCAAAGGUAUAAAUACGUCCUUCUUGAUUAUCAAAUUAAAGAAUUAGAGAAACUGUGUGAGAAGUCUGGGCUGCCGUUCAUGGAAUGCAUGUCACCGUUCUUCCUGGUGAUAGUGAAGUCAUCAAUCACCGGGACACAAGAAGAGUAUCACCCUCUCCACAGGACGGUGCAAGAGUUCCUCGCUGCUCGAGCAUUCUGCGACGCCAUGAUAACCCAGGCUUCUGACGUCCUCACCAUCGCUGCUCACUGGAUGGUAGAGCACAGGGAAAAUUUUACUAAAUAUUUUCAUAAUGAAAAAGUUCAUGGAAAAGAUAAUAAUAAGAGAAAUUUUGUUAUGAAUACGCUCUGUGAGGGAAGCGAUAAUGUGUUUGAUAAUUAUGACUUUGUGGGAGAAAGUAUAUUUUCUGUAAAUUGCUUUUGUCCUAUAUAUGUAACGGGGUUAAGCGUAGAUUUUGAUGAUCCUGUUGAGAGAGAGAGACAUUUUUGUCGCCAGUAUUUCACAUUUUGCGAAAUAGGAAGCUUGAUGAUACCAUUUAUUUGUGGCAUCCUCAAAUUAAAAAAUGAAUUAACACAAAAAAGGGCAGAACAAAUAAUUUAUGUUGUUAUAUGUGGUCAAGAUAGGAUUAGAAACUAUGCUCUUUGGUUACGUCUUUUGGAUGAAACUUAUAGAGACUCUGUGUUCCUCAAGGAGUUAACAUCCCAAAUAUCUCCUUAUCAAUGGAAUCCUAAACUAACACAGCUGCCAGAGGUAGGACAACUUUUACAGUUCGUAAUCCCGGAGUCGCUGCUGGUUCAUCAUUGUGAAAUAGGUAACUGCACCGAUAGUAACUUCAUUGAAGGAAUUCGUAUACUUUCCAGAUUUCCAAUUAGAAUCUCCCUUGAUUUAAGAAAUGGGAUGAAUAUGGCUUCAAGACGUUUCUUCCCAUUUACUCAACUGUGCUUGUCACUCUUGCUGGCAUCAGGGGCAUCAUGUCGACUAAUUGCUCUCGGUGGUCCCCUCAACAAGCAAAGUUUAAGUAUGCUGUGUCAUGCUCGACACCUUGAAGAUCUGUGUGUAAGAGUCGACACUCUGGAAGAUUUGCAAACAUUAGCUCAAAUUACAAACAAUUUACAAAGCCUUACAAACCUGAGUGUCUUCAUAAAUUUUGUUUUCUCAAAUAUUAGUUACAAAUUACUCCCAACAUUUAGCAUUAAACAACAUACAGGAGCAAAUCUUAGUUUUGCACAAGUUCCCAAUCAUCCAUUCAUGGGAUAUAGUUAUUUCUUCGAUGUUGAAUUAUAUUUUAAGCCUCACAAAUGCUCCCCGCCCAAGGUUACAAGCCAUAAACAAAUACAUAGAUUUGUUAAUGUCCGCAGAGGAGGAAGAAUGAGUUACCUGUGCAAACCUACAUUACCAGCGCUUCCUUAUCCCGUCCACCUUGAGGGACUGAAAACAAGUGGGAUUUAUGGGUUCUGUCGAACGAUGUGGAACUUGCCGUCUGUACACUGCCAUUCUCGAUGUGGUGAACGAUGCAGUGAUCCAGUCCUGUGUCAAGACAAGUGCAGGCACACAUCCAUCAGAGCGCCACAACCAACGAAACACCAGUGGUUCCAAUGCCACAGAGCAAUUAGAUAUCAUCAGUCAUGCUUUAAGAGGUUAAGAUCGUUUUACAACAUUUUGUGGAUGAUAAUUGUUGAAAACUUUAAGCCAGGCAAACUAACAUACACAAAAUCAUAUGAUCCAAUCAUCAAAGUGUUCUGUUAUAAUAUUCAGGAUCAGCAAUUAUUGAACAAUGUGUGGAUUAAGUUAAAUAUUUUAUCGCUUAAAGUGUGUGAACUUCUGAUGUAUGAACACAAGAUUUGUAUCCAACAGCAUCGCAAACUUCUGACACACGUGAGAGAACCUUCAAUUCCUGUCUCCUCAGUUCAACUUGCAUUCAUUGAUCCAUUCACUAUAGACGCAACAACAUUCAGAUCUAUGGUGCAGAAGCUCUGUCCAACUCCCUUUAUGAUUUAUGCAUUGAACAUGUCAAGGAAUUCGAGUGAUACAGACGUCGCUCAUCGUGUAUUACAUCUUUGUCAGUCAUUCCCAAGUAUUAAGAGUGUAGCAAUUAAAUAUUGUAUUCCUAUGGAUCAUUCGAUUCAUAAAAUUGGGGAAAUAAUUGAAAAAUGUGCACCACAUUUUAUAUAUAGUAUUUUUAAUAACUUCUAUAUACAAUCUUAAAUAAGCGGAUCCUUUUAUGUGAUCUACUCCCAGAAUUUCAUGUGUAAUAUAUUUCAUUACAAUAACAUAAUUAUGUCGACUUCACGGAUGCCAGAAAUUGAUUAGCAGUCAUCAAGCCCAACACACAAAUGACAAUAGAAUAACGUUGCGUCGACCCAUCAUCAACGUUACUUUGACGUCAUUUAAAUGCACAUACUUAACAGUCAGUGGGCAAAACAUGCUCUAGUUCGUUGAAUGAACUUCGUUUGUUUAACAUGUGCCCAGAGUUAGACUACCCAGAAGACACGAGACAUAGGCACAACGUUUUUUUGAAUACAUUUACGUCAAUUCAAAGUUGUAAAAACGUAAUAAUCUAAAAAACGUUGUAUUUAAGUUAUGUGUUUGUUGGGUGAUCUUUAAGGAGCGUAGUAUUGUCACUACAACAGGCAGCCGAUCCAUAUAUUGUCUUCGCAGUAAAGAUCUAAAUUGAUAUUUAAACCUUCAUGAAGAAAGACGACAGAGGAAACGAAAGAGGGAUGAAGAAAACGUGUGUGUGGUAAAAAAAUGAAAGAAAUACCUUAGAAAACGGAGCGUAGAAGAAGUAAAGAAGAGGAAGAAGAAAAAGAGAGAAAUAUUUACACCUUCCCGUUAACUUUCCCCUCUGGUCCUCCCGAGGAUAUAGGAGCCAUUGUGACCUGAAAUGUCUACAACAGGGAAAACCUUACCCAGUAACUGCUAUCUAAAGUUAGUUGGCAAUUAUUUUAAGUCUGGAGAGAAUUUACAAUACUGCAAGGAACCACUGACCAAGUUUCCUCUCCUGCAGUGGGUUUGUUUACAAAUAUAUUUUUAUACAAAUACACGUGUUUAAAGAUUUAUAUAUAUAUUUGGUUAAAAAAAAUACUUAUUAUAUAUUUAUAAUUUUAAGGUAAAACUUUAAAUUUGAUCUGAUUGUAUUGGUUCCAAAAUAAUAUGCUUCCAAGCUUUAUUUAACUUUAUUAUUCAUUUAUAUGAGAACAGCUUGAGAAAUCAUCUAGGGAUUAAUCGGGUUUACAGCUGACCCAUCUUGCCGAUCGAUAUUCGUACUGUGCUUUAGCUUAAAUGUACAAAUAGGAAGUAGAAAGGCCGCCUCCCUGCUGGGAAAGAUCAAGUUAAUUCUGUACCGAUUUAAAAUUGUGUUUGCUUUUGUUUUUAACUUAUUAUUAAAUGAAUUCGCUUUCUUUUCUUUUAUACCAUGAAUACAGUAUGCUAAUUUGUCAGCAUUCAUUAACUAUCACAUUGAGUUUGAUUAUUGAUUUAUAUAUUCAAUUUAAGUCAUGUAACGUGUUGCAGGCUGUAGUGUUGACAACAAUGUAUUAUAAUUAUUGAGGGUUUGUUAAGAGAAUAAUUGAUUCAAAUUAAGUAGGUGAAAACUAGAAUGUGUUUGAACCGUUUUUCUUUAUCUUGUAUAUUGUAAUAAACUCUUUAUGCCUA